GAUGGUGCUCUGUGCAUAAUGUCUUGUGUCGUAGUAAUGCCCUUCUCUCUUUGGACCCUAGUUCUCUUGCACUGCUCUAUAGUUUUGGUGCAAGCAGAACUGAGCCAGGACUUUUCCAAAUGUCCUGAUUUCUUUUACAGAGGGAUCCCCCCACAGGGUUUUAUUGGAGCGUCCCACCAGCCGAUAUGUCAGCGCUUCAGAAACCAGUACCACUUUGCCACUUUGUAUCACAGAGACCACCGGGUGCCACUGUUCUCCGCCUAUAUCCUCAGACCUGCAAAUGGAAAAAGACCAAAUUCAACAUGGAUGUAUGAACCACAGUUGGUGUUCUCUCGUGCCGACCCUGAGAUGCGGCCUCUCCCCUAUCCUACGAUGGACAACAACAUUAUAGAGAGCCAGGCUGUGCAUCAAGACUACAAAUACUCCAACUAUACUAAAGGGCAUCUAAAUCCCAGCAUGCACCAGGAGACCAGAACUAACCGCAUGGCCACUUUCACUUUGACCAAUAUAGUGCCUCAGCGGGCCGGCUCCAACUCUGGCCCAUGGAGUCAACUGGAACUAGAAGUAUUAAAACGAUUUAAGAGAGGUUGUACUGGUCCGAUGUAUGUGAUUACAGGGGCACUGCCUUAUAAAAAUACUCAACGCUGGGUUAAUAAUAGAGUUUUAAUCCCAGAAUACAUGUGGUCCGCGUACUGUUGUCCAUCUUACAAUCACAAUGUCUCUGACCACACAUAUUUCCCGACAUUUGCAGCAGUGGGGCGGAACGACCGCUACAGUGACCAGGAGAUUGUGCCCAUAAAAGCCCAGAAAAAGCGCUCAAAGGUGGGCUACGAUGUGAGGCGCAUGUCCUUAGAGGCCUUGGAGGAGGUUUUGACACAAAGACUAGGCACGCCCAUUAGUCUGUUUCAAGACCAGUGUCAGCAGCAAGCUACAACAACCCCUGUACCAAAUGAGCUUCUUGAAAAAGUGGAGGAAAUAGCUUGAAAUCUGCAGCUCUCAUGGCGCGUCCCAGUUCACAGUGAUCAGUGUAAAGUUAUUUGAAGUAGGUAGGAACAGUAGUGAACAUGCCACAUGGGAGAGAAGGUAGAAAGGUACUUGGAAUGUAUAUUUGGCACCCACAAUUCCACAAUUUAUACUCUCAUGUUUGAAAUCAC